AUGGACAAGACCUAUAUGCACAACUUGAUUUUUCACCUUCAUCAGCAGCACCCGCAAUCCGUGCAUUUCUCAGUUUGCUGCGUGUCAGCUUUUGUUGGUGAGACUCUCACCUAUCCCCUAGACAUAAUUAAGACGCGCUUGCAAGUCGUGGGACAGUUGGCACCUACAAGGACCAGACCCAGUCUCCUCAAGCUCACCGUCUCGAUUGUCAAAAAUGAAGGGCUUUUGAGCUUCUGGCAGGGACUUUCUCCGGCCCUGUACAGGCAUUUCUUAUAUACUGGGGCCCGGAUGCCAAUAUAUGAGAUUAUUCGUGGUCACGUGUUCUCAAUGCCGCCCGCCAGCAAUGAGGCACGUAAGGCUUGGUUGGAAGAUAUGAAGAAGUCUGAGCAGCUCUCAGGCGGCAAUUCAGACUCUGAUCGUCUUUCCUCGACAUACUUAUGGCGAGCAGCGGCGGGGGGAGUCCGACUGCAAACCGAGCGGCGUAAAACCAUGAAUGUCAUUCCUCCUCUUCCAGAUGUGGCCGUUCCGCAUGCGUCUGCUAAAGCUUCUCCAAUUAAGGUGUCCUUGACGAUGAGGCAACUUCUAAAAGAAGCCGGCUUCUUCGGAUUAUGGCGUGGAGGUCUGCCCAAUGUCCAACGAGCUGCUCUCGUAAACAUGGGAGAGAUGACCACUUACGACAUGGCAAAGCGGUGGCUUCAGUUGUGGUUCGGUCUCAAGGACGGCCCUUUGCUACAUGGCUGCGCGUCCACCAUGUCAGGAUUCGUUUCGGCCAUACUGGGUACUCCGGCAGAUUUAAUAAAAACCCGAAUGAUGAAUCAGCGUCUAAUGACCCACUCCGGUACUACAUUGCCGCCUCUUUACUCGGGCAUGAUUGAUUGUGCAGUAAAAGUUGUAAAACAAGAGGGCUUUCUCACUCUCUACCGAGGGUUCUUUCUCAUUUGGGGUCGAAUGGCGCCCUGGUCCCUAACAUUCUGGCUGACCUACGAGAAACUACGGGAGUAUACGGGAGCUGGCGGUUUCUGA